ACAGGUUACAGACAUAAAACAAGACCGGUACAGAUCGACUGCCGAACUGUAUCGAAGUGAUCGCAGGGUCGAUGGAAUUCAAAACUCGAGAUUAUGGUGCUGAAGAAGCAUCUCAUUCGCUCCCUCGCAUGCGGACGGAUUCUCAUCCUCUGGCUGUUCAAUCUUCCUUAGAGCUGGUUGCCGUUGCAUUUCAUGAAAAGAUUGACCUCUAUGAUCCUUUGAGAGCAUUAGAUGCAGAUUUUGGAGUUUCAGCUGCAGAAGGAAAUGAUGUUGAGUAUGGAUCUACAAGAGGGAGCUCCAAUGAAGCUGCUAUUCAACGGUCAGCUAAAGAAUGGGCGUCUUUCAAGCGAUCAUUAAUGCAAAGAUUUGCAGUUGCCAAGACAAUAUCUAUUUCCUCAAUGUCCGACGUAAUAGUAAAAAGUGGCAAGGAAUAUGAGAAACCUCCAACAAGAAUGCAUCUAGAAGAACUGGAUGAUCCACAAAAAGAAGCUGAGGCAGAUGUCAAGAUCAUUACACGGCAAGAGUAUGUUUCACGAUUACAUGAACUUAAAGAUGAAAUAUCUCAUGCUUGGCGAGCUGAGGACCGUGUAACAGCUUUGAAAUUAUCAAUCAAGGUUGCUAGACUUCUGAUGGAUACAUCUGUUUUACAAUUUUAUCCUACAGUCUUUGUUUUAGUUACGGAUGUACUGGAUAUACUUGGAGAUAUGGUGUGGGAACGCAUUAAAAGGAAGGCAGAGUAUGCUGAUGAUGGAACCAUGAUUUGCUCCUUGCCAGAUGACUUUGAAGCCAGUGAUGUUUGCUCUGACGCCAAAGAAACUUGUAAUAAUUGGUUCUGCAAAAUUGGUUCCAUUCGCGAACUUCUUCCACGCAUUUACUUGGAGCUGGCGAUAUUUUGUUGCUGGCGUUUCUUGCAUGACCGACCUUGGGAAAAUCUCAAACGCCUAGUUAUGAUGAUGAGAGGGUUAGCAGAUCCAUUGGCAUCUGCAUAUUGUCAUCUAUAUCUUGCCCGAUGUGCUCAGAAAUUGCCACCACAUAAUAUAGGAUAUCUUGUUACUUGUAUUAAUGACAUCAAAGUGCGGAUUAUUUUGGGAAGAGAAUCCAUGAAUGGGAAUUCUUCAGAAGAUAGAAAAAUGUCUGUCAGCCUGUUUGAACCUGCCAUCGGUUGGAUUAUCAAAUGCUUACUUAAGGAUACAGAUCAGAUGCGGUUAGGUGAUGUACUUGUGGAACUGGGAUUGCGACCAAAUGUAGCAAACCCGUCUGUUGACUUUCCAUGUAUAUCAGUUGUUCUUCAUCAUCUCCUCGAGGAACUUCCAGCUGAAGUCAUCAGCUCUAAUGCUUUGGAGAUCAUGCAGCUUAUAGAGCGCAGCGAGGAUUAUUCCUUUGAUAAGUAUUUGAACUAUAUGUUGCUUGGAUUUAAGCUUUGUGAAAGGAUACCACUUAUGGAUGCCGUUGAUGCUAUAUUGGUCAAAGUUUUUCAGGUGGUUGCUCAAUAUGAUGGCCUUGAUGAGUACUUGAAGGUUGUUGAUGCUUACUUGGAUAUUAUUCUUCACUAUCAAAUCGGUAAUUAUUUGACCAUCAUUUUAGAUGGCAUUUCAGACCGAGCGUGCAAUAAAGGAGUUGCUGAGAGUGAACUAGGCACCUUGCAGUCCAUUUUUAUAAAGCUUCUUUCUCACUUUGACGACUUGAAUGAUGUGUUGGCAUUGAACCAUUUUGUUGAGAUCUUAGAUGUGAUGUACGGAAGCACCCGGAACAUUGUCAAUACGCAUAUCCUUAAUAAGGCAACCAGGAAUGGUUAUAUUCGUGAUCCAACAACCGUGCAGUUGCUUUUUGAAAUUUCUCAGGCUCUUCACGAUGAUAUAGACUUUUCAAGCAUCAAAGAUGAUGAUAAUCAACAUCCUGUACAUCUCAUUUCUCGUUUUGUGCGGAUGGUAGACUUUGGAGCAGAGAUGGAAAACCAUUUAAUAUUUUUGGUUGAAUGUCGUGGAGCUUUUGGUAGCACUAAUGAGCUCAAGGAAACCCUUGUGCACUCCAGCAAUUACCUAGCAGUUAAAGCUAUGAAAGACGCUAAAAAACAUAUCAGUUUUUUAAAAUCUUGCAUAGCGUUUAGUGAAGUUACAAUACCAUCAAUUUCAAUUAUCAUCAGGCAGAUGAAUCUUUAUCUUGAAACUGCAGAGGUUGCUUUAUUAGGUGGAUUAGUUUCUCAUACAGAUGGGCUAAUUGAUUCAACAAUCAGUUGUUUACAAAGUUUGGAAGUAACUAACGGCUGCCGAACACCAGUUGACCUAGAUGGAAUUCUCUCCUCAGUAAGGAAAUUAUGCAGUCUCUUGAUUCUGAUUCCAGCUAAUCCUGAAUGUGGAGCCACUUACAUCCCAAGGAAUGUAUUAUCCAAAAUUAGUUCUCAAUCAUGGAUAACUCCAAGAUUGAGGAUCAGGACAUUCUGUGCAGUCGUUUGUCUAUCUACAACACUAUCCCAACAUAAGCUCCCGUACCAUGCUAACAGUAGGGAGGUUGUGGGGAAUGACCUAUUAUUUUUCUCUGAGCCAUCCUAUUACCAAGAACUUCUCUCUUUCUCCGGUUCUGUUGUUCAGAACCUGGUUGAUGAAGUAAAACAGGAGCCAAACCAGGCUGCUCGAGGAAGUUUGGCACUUGAAGCUUGCAACUGCAUCAUAUCGUCCUUCAUAGCAAAUCAAGAAAUAGUACCAAUAUGCUCCAAAUUGAUAGAGAUUGCAAAGUCAUGUCUGAAUGCCAAUAACAAAUAUUUGCAUUCUACAGUCAAUUACCUUGACAAACACUUUUCAACUUCUACGAGAGGGGUGCCAGCAGUUACCACCUGAGAAAGAGACUGUAAAAGCUUGUGCUAUGUUGAAAUUGUGAUUUUGCUUUGAAUACUUUAUUCCUGUAAUUUGGUAAGUUAUAGAAAGUCUUUGUUCCAA